UCGAGCCGUGACGUAUCACGUGACCCACCAUUCUUCCGGUACAACAAGGAAGAGUGGAAUCGGAGAGAUGUGAUACCGCUAACUUGCUAAUAAUGUAGCUAUUGUUUCGUUGUGUAUCUAUAUUAAUAUAUUUGACCUCUUACAAUGUCAGAAUCACCAGAUACACGCAGUUUGGUUUCUGCGUCAUCCCAGCUCAAUUUAAUGGAAAUAGAUACGAUCGACGAUAAAGAGUUUGACAUUCCCCAAGUUGACACCCCGCCUACAUUGGAGAGCAUCCUGAAUGAGCCUGAGGAUGAGGAGGAGCCCUUCAUCCUGGAGGACACGUGUCUGCUGAACACAGAGAACAUCGACGCCCACUCCUGUGAAACCUCCUCACUGGCCAGCUCCGACAGUGGAGACCGCACACACCUCAAACGGAAGAGGAAGACAGUGGAGCUCAGCACUACAGUCCAUGGCUCUGUGCUCCGGCACAGCAUCCUGAAAGGCAUCUCUGCUCAGAUAGUCUCAGCCGCUGACAAAGUAGAUGCUGGACUGCCAACUGCAGUAACUGUGUCUGGUGUGAUCGUAGUGGGAACGUCUCAUGGCCUGGCUCUAGUGUUUGGAAAAGAUCUGAACCAGGCUCUCCGUUUGUGCUUGGGAAGCACGGCGACAGGGGCGGAGUACGGAGCCGUCUCCGCCCUCAGCAUCAACCACGACUGCACCCGCUUGCUCUGUGGCUUCGCCAAGGGACAUAUCACCAUGUGGGAUCUGGCCAAUGGGAAGCUUCUGCGUGUGCAG